AUGGAAACUAGCAACAAAACCACCAUCCCCACCACUUCCAUGGCUACCCCCACCAACCCUACCACCCCCAACUCCAUUAACAUCACCACCACCACAGACCUAAACAUCCAAACCCUAACCCUAACCUCCACUCCCAUCAACAUUAACAACAACAACAACAACCCUACUAGCCCCAAGGCCAAAAGGAAAACAAAAGGUAGACAAAAGAUAGAGAUGAAGAUGAUCCAAGAGGAAGACAGUCGCCUCAUCACUUUCUCAAAACGAAGAUCUGGUAUUUACAAAAAGGCUAGUGAGUUGGUGACCUUGUGUGGUGCCGAGGUUGGUGUUGUGAUAUUUUCCCCAUCUGGAAAACCAUUUUCUUAUGGACACCCUUCCAUCGAUGCUGUGGCAUCUCAUUUCCUCCUCCGCGAAACAGACCCUCAAACAGCGGCGAUGUUGGUUGAUGUUGCGACUCACCCAAUUGUGGAGGCCCAUCGGCGUGUGAGGAUCGACGAACUCAACCAACAAUACAACACUAUGUGUAAUGACUUGGAUGCUGAGAAGGAGACACUGAAAGAGUUCAAGAAGAUGACAGAGUUAGGUUCGACGCCGAGGAUGGUAGAGGUGACACUACCAGAGCCAGCACAAGGAUGGUGGGAUGCGUCGAUUGAGGGGCUGAGUUUGGAUGAGCUUAAGCAAAGGUAUAGAACUCUUGAAGAGUUGCAUGAAAAUAUUUCUAAGCAAGUUAAUAAGGAGAGGAUGAUGACCAAUGAUUCUACUACUGCUAAUGCUACUACUACUGCUACUACGAACAAUAAUGCUCCAAAUAUCUCAUCUUCACACUCGUUUGUGAACUUGGCUGAACAUCAGAGUACAACUGGGAUUCAUGCUUCUCAUCAUACUCACAUGAGUGGCUAG